GUCCAGCAUGGCGGCCCCCAUGGGUUCUUCUCUCCACACUUUCCCGGUGCUGCUGGGCUGGCUCCUGCUGGCCUCCUUGAGUCUUGGUCUGAGUACCGGACUUGACCCGAAGGCUUUCUGUCCAUUUCCCGGAUGUCCCAGGCGCUUCGUGUGACCCUUUCCUGUCCCUACAGGGAUUCCUUGAAUGAUGACCUACUGCUUCCCUACCCCGGAACUCGGACGCGCCUACCUCGGGACUGCCGGCCAGUCCGAAACGGGACCCGUCCCCAUGAGAGCUGGCCGCCGCCUGGGAGGCUUCGCCCCAAGCGAGGUCCCGUCGUCCAUCGCUUUGUUUCCUACUUUCCAGAUUCUGGAAACAGUUCGAGUCGGGCAGUGUCCGGCCACCUGACUGUCGCUGUAUCUCCCCUCCAUAGCUUCUCCGUACUGGAGCCGGGGGGCCCCGGGGGCUGCGCUGCCAAGAGACUGGUGACAGUAGAGGAGACCGCCAGGGCGGCUGGCUGCAUAGUGGCUCAGAAUGGUGGCUUUUUCCGCAUGGACACAGGAGAAUGCCUAGGGAAUAUAGUGAGCAACGGGUAUCGAGUGGGCAGUUCUGGGGGACUGCAGAAUGCCCAGUUCGGGAUCCGCCAGGAUGGGACCCUGGUCACAGGGUAUCUGUCUGAGGAGGAAGUACUGGACACAAAGAAUCCGUUUGUACAGCUGGUGAGUGGGGUGGUGUGGCUGCUGAGAAAUGGAGAAGUCUACAUUAAAGAAAGUGAAGAAACUGAAUGUGACAAAACACAGGAAACAGGCUCAUUUAGCAAGUUUGUGAAUGUGAUAUCAGCUCGAACAGCUGUGGGACAUGACAGAGAGGGCCGACUGGUGCUGUUCCAUGCAGAUGGACAGACAGAGCAGCGGGGCAUUAACCUAUGGGACAUGGCCGACUUCCUAAAGAAGCAGGGAGUGGUGAAUGCAAUUAACCUGGAUGGUGGAGGUUCAGCCACAUUUGUUGUCAAUGGAACCAUCUCUAAUUACCCAUCAGACCAUUGCAAGGAUAAUAGCAUGUGGCGCUGUCCCCGCCGUAUCUCUACAGUCGUGUGUGUGCAUGAGCCACGCUGCAAUCCACCGGACUGCAAUGGUCAUGGGACCUGUGUGCAGGGAACCUGCCACUGUAAUGGGCACUUCUGGGGGGGAGAUGACUGCAGCAUACUGGACUGUGGCCCCUCCAACUGUAGCCUCCAUGGGCUCUGCACUGAGAAUGGAUGCCAAUGCCAUGCUGGAUGGAUAGGCAGUAACUGCAGUCAAGCAUGUGCCAAUGGCAGCUUUGGGGUCAGUUGUGCACAGAAGUGCCAGUGCCAGAAUGGAGCUGCUUGUGACCCUGUUAAUGGGACCUGUACCUGCCUUCCUGGAUUCCAAGGAGAUAACUGUGCUGAGGUAUGUCCCUUAGGUCGGUAUGGCCCAAAUUGCCAGUAUGCUUGCACAUGUGAGAACUCAUGUCUCUGUGAUCCCAAGAGUGGUAACUGCAACUUCACCUCCACUGUGCAGGACAUCCUCUCCCAAGUUGGCCAAUGUCUUGGAACUUCCAUGGUACCUAAGAAUGAAGAACACCCCUACUUCACAAAAACAGCCUGGCUGUCUCUUACGUUGGCCCUGGCUCUCUUGCUGCUUCUAAGUGCUGCUGCAAAUGUGACUUUUAUCCUUGGCUCUAGAGCAUCCAGGAGGCGCUUGGACGGAGAAUAUGCUUACCAUCCAUUGCAGGAAAUGAAUGGGGAGCUGAAUUCCUUAGAGAAGGAGCAACAAGGAGAUCCCACCUUCUCCAUUAAGAACUCAGAACAAUGAGAGGUGGCCAUUAUCUAUCCUGGAAAAGUCAGUUCUGCUUGUGGGUUUUUCCAGGGAGAGGUGUGUGAAGAAAACCUUGCUUAGGCAGAAAAUGACAACCAACCAAGGAUCACAUUCUAGGUUUUAACUUCACAACCCACCUAUAGCUCCAGCCUCAGCCCCUCUGCUUGGUCAGAGGAGCAAUGAUGUCUGUGCCUCAGUCUCUUAGCCUGCCUGCCAGCCCAUCAUGUGCCAUGCUGCACCACAGCCCUCAGCCAGAGCAAUAGUUCACUCCCAGAUAAAGCUCUGCCUCUCAGGGCAGGGCUUCUAACCUUUCCCCGCUGCCUGUCUGUGUCUGCUUGUCCAGUGAGAUGUCCAUGUCCUCUGUGGGGAUGUAGCAGUGCCAAAGGGACUUCAGCUAACCAGGGGGAAAGAGUAGUUCGAGAACUAGUCUCAUCAUGAUUUGAAUCAUGGUGAAAUAAAAUAGAAUCCAUUUCUAAAGCCCUUCCUAUGGAUAGAAAGGAUAGCCGGCCUUUAAGGGCUAGUGGAAAACUUGAAAAUUUCAGCCUUCCUAUAAUUCAUUCCUGUGGGAAAUUUGAAGCAUAACAGGUCAAUUUUAUAUAGACCACUUUUUUAUGCUAAUUUAAAGUUCUGAUCCCUGUGGUAGGUUGUUUUUUUUGAAGACAAAGGAAAUGGGGAGAAUGACAUUAGUAUUUUUACUUGACAAACUAUUUUGUCUUUCCAUUCAUUAAUAUUUCUAUUACUUGAAUAAAUUAAGAAACAAAAAGA